UACUUCUCCUUCCUGCUUUGGCGAAAAAAAUAAAAUCAGCAGCAAAAACUGACACACAAAAAAAAACUGUGUGUGACAUCAGCCUGCAAUAGACUGCAUGCCGUUUUAUAGCUUGACACCAGGUGUAGGUGUGCAGUAACCCUAACGUGCGGCUGGAGCUGCAGAAGAUGCCGGACCACCGCGGAGCAGGAAUCUGUCCAGGACGUACAACAUGGCUGCUCUCCGUGACACUGUGCAGCUGAGGAGAACCGGACAAGGAGACUCACGUGCCGCUAUCAGCAUGCAGACCGGGCUCCUCCUCCUCCUUGUCCUCCUGUCCCCUGGGGCGCUGUGUGACAACAGCCUCGGCUCUGUAGACGACGAACAGGGAACUAUGGGGUCUCAGGGUCCAGUCGUGGUCAUUAUCGGCGCGGGAAUCUCUGGUAUCGCAGCUGCAGGGAAGCUACACAAACAUGGCUUCCGACGUAUACAAGUCCUAGAGGCUACUGGGAGAACCGGAGGCCGGAUCCGCACUGAGCGCUUCGCAAAAGGCCUGGUUGAAAUUGGCGCACAAUGGAUUCAUGGACCGUCUCCGGGCAACCCAGUCUUCCAGCUGGCAUCUCAAUUUGGUCUUUUAGGACCAGAUGCCUUGCUUGAGGAGAAUCAAAAAAUUAACUCAGAUGGCUAUCCCCCUUCCAUCCCAGUUGCAUACAGUAGUUCAGGAAGAAAGAUCGACCCAGAAGUGAUGACCAAUGUUACAGAGUUGUAUAGCACAUGGCUGGCACAAACUCGGAAUUUCACCAAUGGUUAUUGCGAUCCUGAAGGUAGUGUGGGAAACUUUAUCAGAGAAAAGAUUGCCCACAGCUCACAAGAAUGGGACAAAGAACAAGUUGAAAUGAAUAUGGCUAUCUUGAGGGGGUUGCUCAAUAUAGAAUGCUGUGUAACUGCAGCCCAUAGUAUGGACCAGGUGGCACUCUGCCCUUUUGGGGAAUACACAAUGCUUCCAGGACUUGAUUGCACCUUUCCUAAAGGAUUUGAAAGUCUUGUGAACCACAUGAAGGCACCACUUCCAAGUGGCACUGUAUUACUGAACAAAGCAGUAAAGAGCAUUCACUGGCAUGGAUCCUUUCCUGGCAGCAACUCUCAUGUGUAUCCUGUGCAAGUGCAGUGUGAAGAUGGUGACAGCUUUGUGGCAGAUCACGUCAUUGUCACUGUUCCUCUAGGAUUUCUGAAGAAACAAUCAGUGGAUUUCUUCAGCCCUCCUCUUCCACCAAGAAAAAUGCAGGCUAUUAAGAAUUUGGGAUUUGGAACCAAUAAUAAAAUUGUGCUGGAAUUUGAAAAACCAUUUUGGGACUCAAACACUACUGUGAUCCAGAUCGUGUGGGAAGGAGAAUCUCCUCUUACUGAACCAAAGGAAGACCUGAAGCAGAAUUGGAUGAAAAAACUUCCGGUAUUUGUUGUCCUGGAGCCACCUGAACAGAUGGGACAUGUGCUCUGUGGAUUCAUUGCUGGAGAGGAGUCUGAAUAUAUGGAAACAUUAACAGAUGAAGAAAUUUUAUCAGCAAUGACUGAUCUAUUCAGAAAAUUCACAGGAAAUCCUGAACUGCCUCCACCAAUCAGCAUGGUGCGUUCUCAGUGGCAUAGCCAGCCAUACACUGGUGGCUCUUACAGUUACGUAGCAGUGGGCAGCUCUGGUAUUGAUGUGGACAAUCUAGCAGAACCGCUACCUACAGACAAAAAAGUUCUCAAGCUGUUGCAGGUUCUUUUUGCUGGAGAAGCCACAGAAAGAAACUUCUAUUCGACAACACAUGGAGCUCUUAUGUCUGGUUGGAGGGAAGCACAGCGCUUGAUUGACAGAUAUUCAGAUCUUGGGGUCACUGUUAGCAAAGCAAAGCUUUAAAAAUACAUAGUCACCUGUAAAACUGCUCCAAUAUUUUUAUGAUUUACAUAAAAGAAAAAAAUUACUACAAUACUUAUACUAGAUAAUUUAAAGUGAUUAUCCCAUGAACAACAUUUAUCACGUAUCCACAGGAUAGGUCACAAAUGUAUGGUCCUUGUUGGCAUACCACAGGACCCCACAAUCACUAGAACAGGGGUCUUGAACCCCAUUCCGGAGACAAUUGAAUGAAGUGGUGUUCCGUGACACCCCAUUUAUUCUCUCAGAGAUAGUUGAUCAUUGUACAUGACUAUGUCCCUCAGUCCCAUAGACUUCGAAUGGAGAGGCAAUGUGCAUGAGUGACUACUGCUCCAUUUAGGCUAGGGCUACACAGCGAUACUGUUCACAGCCAGGAUGGCAGAUUAGCGGCGAGCCCAUGGAAAAGAAUGUGAUCGAAGAGCAAGUUGCAAAAAAUCUGGGUUCACCGAUAGCCUUAAAGAGUCACUGCAUUUUCACACUAUUUCAUUACAUUUAAUAGAGAAUAGUGUAAAUAGAACAUUUCUAAAUUGCUUAAUUUAAAAAAAAUCUGCCUGUAUCCACCUGAAAAAAGUAAAGUUAUGGCCACUAAGGGGUCUCACUUCCACCUAAGUUGCAGUCCACAGCCUGUUGUCAGGCAAGAUCCAUCCUUAGUAAUAGAGACACAGAAGAUGGUAGAGAAUAAGUGGUAUGUCAGAGCUAGCUGGGAUCCCAAAAUAACUAUUUCUUCACUGCUUUUGAAGAUUACAGGAGCGUCCUUCCUUACUGUAAGGCUCCAUUCACACGACUUUGUCAGUUUUGGAGACUACAAACCUUGGAUCCGAAAUACAUGGACACCGGCCCUUCCUUGUGCUUUCGGGUCCAUGCAGCCACACCACAAAAGAUAGAACAAUGUCCUAUCUUUCACCACAUCAUGCGGAUCACAGACCCAUUGGAGUCAGUGGAUCCACACAGCAAUGCGGGGUGCACACAGCCAGUGUCCACGAUUUUCUGUCAGCAAAAUGGACACAGUCAUGUGAAUGGGACCUAAGUAUGAUCUCCCCAUUCUUAUCUGUUCUGUGAGCUUUUGAGCUGAAAACAUAGUGAGAAGUAAGGUAAAGGAUGUCACAGCAGUACAGUCCUGGCAGAUACAACAGAAGGGAGACGCCCCAGCUUCUGAGAGAAAUGCAUCUAGCUGUGCAGCUGACGAGAGGAAUAAUUAGGCUGAAAAACACAUUAGAGAAGGCCCAAAAAAUACCUAUUAUUUCACAGUUAAGAUUGAACAGAGAUUGAAAAACUUUCUUUUUUGUAAGCACAGGUAUGCUUUAAACUACUGUGGAACAAGAGCUCAGGAAUUCUGCUGUAGUUAUCAGUAAGGGCUGGGCCCCCAUUGAUCAAACAUUUAUUGUCUAGACUAUUUUGUGGGUAGGUAAUAAAGAAUAAAAAAAAGAACAGAGGGGUGCAUCUUUGUGCAAUAAUGUCUGUAGAACUGUCACAAAUUAUACUGACAUGUAGUACGCUAGCCUGAAUCAGUUCUAACUAUUAGGCACAAUGCUAAUGUUAGCCUUGAUGAGUGAAGAUGUAUGGUUGCCUGCCGCUGCACCUCCUUGAUUGAUCUCCUGUCACACAUGUGAGUGAAGCCAGGGAUUAAUAGAAUUUACAUCUUCAAUUUUAAUGGUUGUAUUACAGAAAGAGAUCAUACAUAUUUGCCUGUGUCUUUGAUCGCUAACUUCAGAGGAGGUUUACAUUAUGUAAUGUAAUACUUUGUAUAUUUCUACUUUAUUAAAAAGGUAACCAAACAUCCUACAGUA